UCCGUUGACGUGUCUUGCAAGGCCAGAGUUUGUGUGCUUCCCAGAAGUUCAGUUCUUUGCUCUAUAAAUAUGCCUGAGCUAUGCCUUCAAACUUUCCAACGAGAGAAAGAGAAAAGCUAUAGCAAAUAGCCAGCUACAAGUUUUAAACUUCGCGAGUUAUAGAGUUUUUUGAGAUUUUGUGAAAUCUUUAACUGAAUUUUUGUUUUAGGAAUAUAUAGAAUGGAGAGUUUCAAUAGCAAGAUUGUGUGUGCUAGAGCCGAUGCCCUGCUGAAAUCCCUUAUCCCAGCUACCCAGCAACUUUGCGCAUCUGACCUGCAACAACGCAAGAAUCAGCAAAAUCCCACUUUUAACCAGUUUUCAGACACGCUUAUUAGGGGUUCAGAGCUGGUGAAAUCUUGUGAGAGCAUUAGCGCUUUAAAUACAUUUCGUAGGUGUAGAUAUGCUUCACAGAUACUCAAGCUAGAAGAGGAGAUCAGUGGCUUCAUGAGUUCUAUCCCAGACUACAUGGUGUUAGAUGCUAGAAAUCUUAUGUCAGCCAUGAAAGAUAUAUAUAAGGAAUUGCAGCCUCCAGAUAAAAGUAGUACGGUGAAUACCAUGAUUCAACAGCAAAUGAGUUUAGGUAACCUGAAUCAAAGUACUGAAUUCCAAGAGGCUUACAAAUGGUCUAAUCUUAGUAAUUUUCCUGUGAUAUCUCGGUUUUAUGCGGGAUUGGAGAAGCCUGUUGAAGAUUUGAAGGAGCUUUUAUUCCAAAGCGAGGUGUCGGUCAUUGGAGUGCAUUGCAUGGGGGGUGGUGGGAAAACGACUUUGGCCUCGGCUAUUUGUAAUGAUCCCCAUAUCAAAGGUUAUUUUGGGAAUGUACAUUUCAUCACUGUUACACAAUUGCCAAAUCUGCAGGGAAUUAUAGAGACGAUGUGGGAGAAGAUUGUUGGAAGGAAGAAGCCUGAGUUUCAGAAUGUAGAAGAUGCACGCAUACAGCUAAAGCAGCAGCUUUUUACUCAAUCCAAGAGAACUCUGAUGAUAUUGGACGAUGUCUGGUCCAGGGCUCAUUUGGAGGAAUUACUAUUUGAAGCGCCAGGGUACAAGACUGUUGUCACAACCAGAGACAGCUCUACGAUUCCCCAAAACACCUGUACUCGACCGUAUCAGUUGCCAUUGUUGGGCCAUGAGGACGCUCUCUCGCUUUUCUGCUUCUCAGCUUUUGGACAGACAUCAAUUCCAAGUGCCGCAGAUGCAAAUCUAGUCAUGCAGGUGCAAGCUGAAUGUAAGGGCUUACCCCUAGCUUUAAAGGUGAUUGGGAGCUCUUUGAAUGGGGAACCUCAUGGGACCUGGUUGAACGCAAAGAACAAGCUUUGCCAGGGGCAGUCCAUAUCCAGUUAUCACAAAGAAGGGCUUUUUAGAUGCUUGGAGACCAGUAUUGAUUCCUUGGAUGAUGUUGGGAGAGAAUGCUUCUUAGAUUUAGCAUUAUUUCCAGAAAACCAAAAAGUCUGUGCUGAUGCACUGCUGAACAUUUGGGUUUAUAUUCGGAAGCUAAAGUGGCAAGAUGCCUUUAUCAUGUUAUUGGAACUUGCAAGCAAAAAUCUCUUGAAUUUAAUCAGCAGCUCAGGAAGGCAAGCAACAAUCUCUUAUGGAAAUGCCUCUGAGCUGUACUUUUCUCAGCAUGAUGUAAUGAGAGAUUUGGCCAUAUAUUUGGGAAGCCAGGACAGUAUAGUCCAUAGGAAGAGAUUAUUCAUGCCCAAGAAGGAGCUGAGCUUGCCAGGAGAGUGGCAGAUGCUUAAUGAUAGAUCAUUUAAUGCUCAAGUUGUCUCUAUUCACACAGGCUCUAUGGCUGAAAAUCAGUGGUAUGAGAUGGAUUUUCCAGAGACAGAGGUUCUAGUGAUACAUUUUUCUGCAAGCGAAUACUUUCUACCACCAUUUCUUAAAACCAUGAAAAAACUGAAAUCUGUAAUGUUGUGUAAUUUGAGUUCAAAGAGGACCACACUAAAAGGUUUAGAUGUCCUAUCUUCACUCACUCAGCUCAGGAACGUUCGCUUGGAGAAGUUGGAUGCGCCCUCUAUUUUAGAACAGAUCAAAGUUAUGCAAAAAUUAGAUAAACUAUCUGUUAGUUUAUGUGAAGGGUUUGGAAAUAUUUCCACAUUCAGCAACAGCAACCUACAAGAAUUUAAUCUGGACCACUGCAGCGAUUUGGAGGAAUGGCCACUUGACAUCUGUCAUAUGCCCUCUGCUCAGAUAUGGUCUAUUACCAACUGCCAUCUGGUUGGAAAAUUACCAUAUGAUCUCGGAAAUCUGAGCUCUUUAAGAAUGUUACGAUUAUCACAAUUACCAGGCCUGAAAGAGCUACCGGCAUCAAUUGGAAAACUUGAGCAGCUGGAAUUUCUUGACAUUUCACUGUGCGAAGGCUUGAAAGAACUUCCAGAGGAAAUAGGUCAGCUCCAGAAUUUGAAAGAGUUUGACAUGAGAGAGUGUUCUCGCUUGAGGAGGUUGCCUAGAAGUGUUUGUGGACUAAGCUCUCUGAAACAUGUCAUCUGUGAUGAGAAGAUUGGGCACCAGUGGCUGCGAGUUAAGGCCUCUUCUAUCCCUAAUCUAAGAGUUGAAAUUGUGGAACCGCAAUUUACUCUGGAUUGGCUUGAUGAUUGAGAAACUCCAAGCAAGUGCACAUCCUGUUAAGUAAUCACUGUGGUCUCUUUCUUAGUUCCUGCAGAUGGAGCAUACUGUCAAUUUCACUUCAGCUAAAUUGAAAGAAUUGGUAAUGUGUAUAUCAUCCAUCUUAUUUGUAAUAUGUGUCAAAGUUCAACUCUAUGAACAAUUCUCCUGCAUAUGGAGCAAGUUGUAGGUUUCACUUCAGCUAAAUUGUAAGAGUUUCUAAUAUAUCAUUGUGUAUAUUAUCCAUGUAAA